CCUCUAUAUAACUACUAGAGCAUUGACCUCAUUCGAAACGUAGCGUUUUACCCUGUGUGUCCGUUGAAGGAAAAUUCAAUGGAGAUUGAAGGCAAAAAUGGCUGGAGAACAGAGCUUCGAAAGGGUUCAAAGAAGGAGUUUGGACGAGGCUCAGGGUUUCCGACCACUGAUAGAACGGUGUCUCGCCACCACGUUACGUUCGAGCUCCACGAAGAUUCAGAAACUAGGGUUCGUUUCGUGGUCAUUGGGAAGAACCCCUUCUGGGUUCUGAGCAGCGGAAGUGGAGAAAUUAGGGUUUUCAGGAGGCAUCAAAGAGGUGAAAUGGAGAGUGGGGAUUCGUUCUGUGUUUCCUCGAAGAACCCCAUUUGGUUUUCUUUGAAGAGAACUGAAUUUCCGGAGAUGGGUCGUUGUGGGUUCGAGUCUCUCAGUGUUUCAGACGUUGACCCUGUGAAAGAGUUUGGUUUUAUCGUAAUGGGGCAUGAGUUUGACUCCUAUCCUCAGCGAAUGAUCUGUGAUAUAAAGAACUGGAACUGGUUUCUUGAGGAACCUAGUAAAGAUGGUGAAGAUGAUGAGGUUUCUGAGAAGAAGGAGAAGAAGGGCACAAGGGGAAAGAGGAAGCAAGCAGAAGGCAAUGAUGAUGAUGACUGGAUGGGUGAGAGCGAUGAGGACAAGGAGUUAGUUGCAAAAAUCAGGAAGAAUCAGAGACCAAAAUAUUCAACAAGAUCAAAGGACUACAACAAGACACCAAAUGAUACCAUAAAUAGUAAAAGUUCUAUGAAGAAAGCAAGUGGAGAUGACAAAGAUGAUGAAACUGAAGAUGAAGACACACUUGGAGGCUUCAUUGUCAAUGAUGAUGAGGAAGAAGAAGAGGAAGAAAGCGAUGAAGAAGAAGGAGAAGAAGAAGAGGAAGAUUAUGAUGAAGAAAUAGACGAGUAAUGACAACUAGGAUGAAUAGAUGGAGAUGAUAGGAAGGAUGCAUGUAAUAUUGUAAAGAGCAGCUUGCAGGCUGAAAACUGCAUGUAUCAUAUUUUUGCUCUUCCCUCAGCCCUUUUUGGACAAAUUCUCUGUUUUCAAUGUAUAGAAACCAAAGGAUGAUUAAAGUCGAAACUGUAACAAAUGCUCUUAUCAAUUUUGCUAAUACAUACUUACGCUUGAAAGUUUC